ACGGCACAGUACGGAAUAUAGGAACGAUCCAAAAUGGCAGCCUCCACGGCCGCAUAUGAAAAUUGGUUAACAGAAAAGCUGCUGUCGUUGAACCCUGACACUGAUACAGAUGUUUUUGUGUCAUACAUCACAGGAAUUUUGGAUGAAGAUGCUCCUGAAGAUGAAAAGAAAGAAUCAGUAAUCGAGUUGAUCGGACAAGUCGUGGAGGAGAACCACCAGUGUGUUUGUGAUGAAUUAUUCAAGAAAUGGGAGGAAAUCCAUGGUUCUGCAUCACAGUCUUCCGGCAGGGGAGAUGCAGGGGAGCUGACUGACCAUCUUGCUGUUAUACUGGAGAAACAAAAAAUUGAGACAGUGAAAACUCGAGAGAAAACAGCAGAAGAAGUUGCAAGGAAGGCAGCUAUCCUAGCACAGUAUGGUCAUGUGUCUAGUGGGGAGGAUGAUGACGAAGAUGAUGAUGAUGCAGGAAGAGAUAAUUCAGGGCAAGACAGUGAUUUAAUGAACUUUAAAAAUGUGAAUGCUGAAUCUGUGAAAAAAAAUGAACUUGAAAUGAGAGAAAAAUCCAAACUGGAGGCAGAGAAGAAAAAAGAAAAGGACAAGCAAGAUAGAGAGAUGCAAAAACAAAAACAGAAAGAAAGAAAGGAAGGAGAGAAAAAACGAACACAGAAGGGAGAGAGGAGGAGAUGACGACAGUGAAUCCUAGUUUAGAAUUGAUGCUUCUCCAUUUUCAUGAAGUUUUUGAGCAAUUUAUUUCCACAUGUUUUCAUUAUCAAUCUGUAAAAAUAUAAACAGUGUUAUAUUUGCAAGACAGACAAAGGUUGUUUAAAUUUAAAUAGACUUUUGCCAUAUCUUCAAAAUUAGUGAUUGAAGGAAUAGUAAUGUAAAUAUGUUAAAAACCUACAUUGUAUCUGCUAUAAAUGUUACAAAUCUUGAACUGUUUCCUUGCAUAAUAUUUGGGGUUUCUUUGUUAUUUAUUUAAUUGAGUGAUUAAGCAUCUUCGAGUAGGACAGCAACAUUUUCAUGGUAUCAACUUUGUGUAUGAUGGUUUUUUUCUUCAAACAAAUUACCUGCAAAACUUCUUUAAAAAACCGUGAUACUUUUUGAAGAAUAAGAAUGUAAAUCUUCAGUGAGAUACUUUAUCUGUUGAGUACAAGUUUCAGUGAGAUACUGUAUCUGUUCAGUAAGGUACUGUAUCUGUUCAGUGAGAUACUGUAUCUGUUCAGUGAGAUACUGUAUCUGUUCAGUGAGAUACUUGAGGUACUGUAUCUGUUGAGUACAAGUUUUAGUGAGAUACUGUAUCUGUUCAGAAAGAUACUGUAACUGUUGAGUACAAGUUUCAGUGAGAUACUGUAUCUGUUCAGUGAGGUACUUUAUCUGUUCAGUGAGAUACUGUAUCUGUUCAGUGAGAUACUGUAUCUGUUCAGAAAGAUACUGUAACUGUCGAGUACAAGUUUCAGUGAGAUACUGUAUCUGUUCAGUGAGGUACUGUAUCUGUUCAGUGAGAUACUGUAUCUGUUCAGUGAGAUACUGUAACUGUUGAGUACAAGUUUCAGUGAGAUACUGUAUCUGUUCAGUGAGAUACUGUAUCUGUUCAGUGAGAUACUUGAGAUACUCUAUCUGUUGAGUACAAGUUUCACAAGGUAAGUCAAUGGGAAAAACAAUUUUUAUGACGUUAUUGCAUAUAGAAUAAAAUUAUUAGAUACUGUGAAAUCAUUUGAUUUCGUUUACAUGAAAUUUUGUGGUUUGGGUCAAAAAGGCAAUUUCGUGGGGAUAUGAAUUUGUGGAUUUCAACUUUUGAAUAUAAAUGAAUAGGGAUUUUACUAGUUUGCUGAGAUUAAAUUUUGUAGAUUCACUCAACCACGAAAUCCUUGAAAAUUAGUCCCCCACAAAUACUUAUGAUUUCACAGGAAUUGAUUUAACCCUUUUCAUGCUGGACACGAUUGGUUAUGCCUUUGCAGCCAGUGUAGAUCAUGAUCAGCCUGCACAUCCCUGCAGUCUGGUCAUGAUCUGCACUGUUCGCUAUUCAGUCAGUAUCUUUUUGGUAAGCAUCCCUUUUGACAGUUAAUGGUACUGUCGAAAUUGAAAAAUGGACAAGUCCAUUAUAGAAAUUCAGCAGGGUAAGGGUUAAUAUCUUGUAGAGCCUGAGUUAAGUUAGUUUGGAAAAUAUUGAGGUUUUAUGUUCUGAUUUGAUUUAAUGAAGUUAAUAAAUGAAUAUGUAGUAAAAUUGCAAAUUCGGAGUGUUUACAUUUAUGUUUAGCAUGCAUUGUUAAUUAAAGCAUUGUUACAAUA